CGACAGUGGCCCGAAGAGAGUCGAUGGCAGCCGAGAGCGAAAGGGAGAGCAGGCUUUCGCCGGCUAUGUGGCAAUUUCUUUGGCGUUGCUGCUGCCAGGGCUGCACAGCAGCGGAAAGAAACGGAACUAGCUGAGAGUUGGGAAAUUCGGAAAACUCCGACCAGUGCUGGAUUGGUGCGAGAAAUGUGGCAAGUUAAGUGAACAUAUGGAGGCAGAACAAAAAUAUUCAGCUGUGCCCCAGCCCUGGCAUUAGUGAAACCCAAAACACACGCACGCACACACACACACUGGCACCCGCGCGAGGCAACUCGACUCGUCUCACAGGUGAGCAGCGCAGCAGCAGCAGCAGCAGCAACGGCAACGGCAGCAGAGCAGCGUCGAAUAGCGCCCAGAGCAGAUUCAGAUUCGGUUUCUGCCCCUGCCUGCGUCCGAUUUCAGUUCCAGAUCCAACACCUGCAGCGGCGGCACGACAGUUACUCUAUCGCUGUGCCUGCGAGUGAGUGCGAAACGCUCUACGGGAAGGGAAAACUGCAACGUGGAAAGUACGUCAGCGAACGGAACGGAAAAUCCUCACCGUCUUUUUGAAACACCUGCUCACCUGCUCCUGCUCCUGUUCCUGCCACUACGAUGGCCAUUAAGCCCGGACUUGGUCGCAAGACCAGCAACAAAAAUCCACCAAUCCUAAGUCAUGAGUUUGUGAUCCAGAACCAUGCCGAUAUCAUCUCCUGCGUGGCCAUGGUCUUCGUUGUGGGUCUGAUGAACGAAUCGACGGCUGCCUUUGCCAGCGCCUUCAUCUCGCUGCAUCACAAUGUCAGCGGUGAGGAUCCCAGUCGGGAGCAGCCAUAUGGCAAGGCCUACACCUAUAUUGCCGGCAUCAAGGACUAUUGCGCGAUAUUCUUCUACACGCUCACCUGCAUCAUUAUGCACGCCAUCAUCCAGGAGUUUGUGCUGGACAAGAUUAGCAAAAAGCUGCAUCUGUCGAAAUUCAAGCUGGCCCGCUUUAACGAGUCCGGCCAGCUUGUGGCCUUCUACCUGCUGUCCUUCGUCUGGGGCGCCCAUGUGGUGCUCAAGGAGGGCUAUUUGGGUCAGGUUGCUCAACUGUGGGAGGGAUUCCCCGACCAUCCGAUGAGCUUCCUGCACAAAUUCUACUUCAUCGUUCAGCUGGCGUACUAUCUGCAUAUGCUGCCGGAGCUGUAUUUCCAGAAGAUCAAGACCAAGGAGGAGCAACAGCCCAAGAUUAUCCAUUCGAUCAGUGGCUUCACCCUGAUCGUCCUGGCCUACACACUGAGCUUCCAGCGUCUGGCCCUUGUCCUGCUGACCCUGCACUACUUCAGCGAGCUGCUGUCGCACAUCUUCCAGCUGAUUGGUGUCUUUGAUCGCGAGGAGCGACUGGCCAAGCUGCGUGUGGUGAACAAUGGCGUCUUCUUCCUUAUUCGCUUUGCCACCUCGGUGAUUGGUGUGCUCACCCUGCACUAUGGCAUCGGUGGAUUCCGAUCCCUGCUGGCUCUUGGCGGUCUAAUCGCCCUGCAGGGUUACCUCGUCUUCUCCUUCAUCACGGAGCAGCUGAGGGCCAAGCGGGAGGCCAAGAAGGAGGCUAAGCGAGAGGCUAAGCUGGCGCUGCAGACGAAGAAACCAUCGAAGGCGCCAAAGGACAAGGUGAAGCGCAAGAAGGAGAGCGAUCUGCCCGAGGCGGAUCAGUCUUCGCCCAGUCCCGUCAAGCAGAAGCUCAAGUGAGAGAGCUUCUCCUUCUCCAGAGCAACAAAAUCUUCCGCACACUUCCAAUCUACAGAGAAACACAAAAAGGAUAUAGAGAGAAAGAGAGAGAUAGAGAGAAAGAGAAAGAGAGAGCAGCACCAUGGACAAGGAGCCUAGAAUAGCUAGUUAUAGACGAUUGUAAAGCACGGCUCCACCUGUUUUUGUAAAUCUCGAUUAGCUCCAAAACUACUGCAAACAUUUCUGCUGCAUUUACUUCCUCAACGCAACACCAACACACCCACAACAACAACAACAACACACACACAACAAGAAACUAUUUCUUAGCCUAAAUGUUUUGUUUCAUUUUAA